CUACACCCUAUCCCCGCCCCCGCGCCUGGGCUACCGGGGAGAAGACAGCUACGUCUCCAGCCUAAGUCCCAGCCUUCCCUCCGAUGUCCACUCGGAGGCACCGCGCCACUCCCCACAACGUUACGAUUACAGUCCCCAUGAAUUUGACGACCAUUCCUAUUCCCUCGACCACGACCAUCACGAUUACGACCACCCCGACAAUGCAGACCACCACCUGUCGGGGUCAACCUACGCAUAUGAACCGCACCAAUUCCCCGGGCACGGGACCAACCCUAACUGGAUCCCGCUGCGUCCGCACGUCCCCGCCGCAGACCAAUUCGAGGCCGAGGCCGGCUCCCGCGGCCUGUCGGGGAUGAUGACCUUCACGGAGUCCGAGCGCGCGGCGGCAAUAGCCCAUCAUGGUGGCGAUGAGCACGAUGAUGCGACGGGUGGGGAUGUGGGUGCUCAGCGCAUUCCGUCCCAGCCAAGGGAGCGAGCCCCGUCCUCGUCGCUGGCGUUCUGGAAACGCAACUCCUCCCCGUCGGGCGGCCAGCGCCCGGACCGGGAGACUCGGCGCCAGCGACGGCGGGAGCGGCUGGCCGCUGCGUUUGGGAGACAUGGGAACUCGGACCGGGACAGCGCGGCGCAGGAGUUGCUCAGUGGGGAUGCGUUGGCGAAGCUGUUGGGUUCCACGGUCGGGGAUGAGGAUUGUUUGAGUCAUCUGGGUGAAGGGUCGCGCGACGGGCGCGACGAAGCAUCGGAGCACGGGCACGGGCAGAGGCUGCGCAAGCGUCCUGUUAUCGCUGAGCAGCCGAUUAUGCUGGCGCCCAUCGCGGUGGAUACGCCUAGGGCCGGGGCGCAGAGCAGGGUUGCGUCCGGAGCACAGUUGGAGCAGGGGAUGGCGGAGGUGCGGCACCGCGGGGGUGGCUCUGGUGGGAAUGGAGCAGACGGCGAGGCGGCGGAGGCGACAGACGGUAUGCUCAGGAAGGAAGGGGACUGGGAUGAGAGGAGUCGUGGGUCCAGGUCCACGGGCCGGGGCAGUGUGGCCAAUCUUCCGUUCUGGAAGAAGUGGAGAGGCACGUUCAUCUUCUUCGUGGUGCUGCUCGUGCUGGCGGCGGUUGCUAUCCCCGUGGGGAUUAUCAUGGCGCGGAGGGCGGACAAUGGCGGGAGUUCGUCAAGUUCGGACGAUGAUAAGCCCGCGAAUUCUAACCUCGACGGGAUCAGUCGUGAUAGCAUUCCGGCCUACGCUCGAGGAACAUACCUUGAUCCGUUCACCUGGUACGAUACAACGGGCUUCAACGUCACGUUCACGAAUGCGACCGUGGGAGGAUUGUCGAUCAUGGGAUUGAAUUCGACCUGGGAUGAUUCCGCCCAAGCAAACGAGAACGUCCCACCCUUGAACGAGUCAUUCCCCUACGGCUCGCAGCCCAUCCGCGGAGUCAAUCUCGGAGGCUGGCUCUCCAUCGAGCCCUUCAUCGUUCCCUCGCUCUUCCAAUCCUACUCCUCGAGCGAAGGCAUCAUCGACGAGUGGACCCUCUGCGAGCGCCUGGGCAGUGACGCCAACACCACGAUCGAAAAACACUACGCCACCUUCAUCACCGAGCAGGACUUCAUCGACAUCCGCGACGCGGGGCUCGACCACGUCCGCAUGCAGUUCUCCUACUGGGCGGUGCGCACCUACGACGGCGACCCCUACGUCCCCAAGAUCGCCUGGCGGUACCUGCUGCGCGCGAUCGAGUACUGUCGCAAGUACGGACUGCGCGUGAAUCUCGACCCGCAUGGGAUCCCCGGCAGCCAGAACGGGUGGAACCACAGCGGCCAUCAGGGCAAGAUCGGGUGGUUGAACGGGACGGACGGCGCCCUCAACCGCCAGCGCUCGCUCGACAUGCACGACCAGCUGUCGCAGUUCUUCGCCCAGGACCGGUACAAGAACGUCGUCACCAUCUACGGGCUGGUCAACGAGCCGCUCAUGCUGUCACUGCCCGUGGCGGAUGUGCUGAACUGGACCACGCAGGCGACGGAGCUCGUCCAGAAGAACGGGAUCAAGGCGUGGGUGACGGUCCACGACGGGUUCUUGAAUCUGGCCAAGUGGGACAGCAUGCUCAAGACACGGCCCGACAAUAUGAUGCUCGAUACGCAUCAGUACACCGUCUUCAAUACGGGGGAGAUCGUGCUGAACCAUACCCGUCGCGUGGAGUUGAUCUGCGAGAGCUGGUAUAGUAUGAUCCAGGCGAUUAAUGUUACGAGUACCGGAUGGGGCCCGACCAUCUGCGGCGAAUGGUCCCAGGCCGACACCGACUGCGCGCAGUACGUCAACAACGUCGGCAACGGCAACCGGUGGGAGGGCACCCUCGCCUCCACCGGCGACACGAUGUACUGCCCCACCGCCUCGGAGGGCACCUGCUCCUGCACCCUGGCCAACACUUCCCCGGUGGGCUAUUCCGAUGGGUACAAGACCUUCCUGCAGACGUACGCGGAGGCGCAGAUGUCCGCCUUCGAGACGGCCAUGGGCUGGUUCUACUGGACGUGGGCUACCGAGUCGGCGGCGCAGUGGAGUUACCGCACCGCCUGGAAGAACGGCUACAUGCCUGCGAAAGCGUACAGUCCGAAGUUCAAGUGCGGCGAUACGAUCCCCAGCUUCGGGAAUUUGCCUGAAUAUUAUUGAGGGGCUGUGCUCUUCUGGAUGGGAGAGGGUUUCUGAAAUGGUGUGGCUGUGAUAGGGUAUGCAUAGAUCUGUGGUGGACGUGAUGUUAUAGCGACAAGUGUUAUGUACAUAUAGGGAUUGCUUUUGACCAUGGCCUAGGGAGACGAUAAGUCACCUCCUUCUUUGACCACAUUAUCAAACGUAAUGCACGGCCGUCAGGUGUACAAUAAUGACUACGCGAGUUUAUCUGCAGAACCACCUGAGAACCACCGAGGUGGGCGGUCCGGGGCAACAUGGUUAAGACCUCAGGGCCACCGU